GUGGAGAAACUGGAGAAAGUAGAGUGACGCAGCGAAGGGAGUAAAUCGACCCUCAGCCAACAAGUGACAAAAGCCUGAAGAAAGUGAUCAAGAUCACUGAUGACCCCUCUCCCCAUCUCCAAGGGGGCGGGUAUCACAACCCCGACGCCACACCACACAUCAUUCAGCAAAACUCCUGCGCCUCCCACGCAGAACCGGGAAGAGGGAAGGCUGGGCAACAGUAACAGCUGGUACGCAGCACCCACAGCACCGCGGCAGCAGCUGGUACCGAAAUCCCGCCUAGCUCUUUUGACUCUGUCCGCGGGAAGAAUGAGGAAAUAGUAAGGCUGCGGCGCCUCCCGCGAGAAGAGGUACCUGAGGCUCGCGCCGCAGUCCCCCGCCGCACCGGCACCGGAGCUCCAAACCCCACUUCCGGGGUCAAGUCACCGCCGAGAAUCCUGUGAUUGCAGAAGGGUAGCCUCAGGUUCCGCCCCCAUCCAAGCCCCGCCUCCACUGCCUCUCGCCCUGUAUCAGGCAACUUCCAGGACGCCGUGCGUCACUAAGCAGCCAAUCUCCACUUCCGGACGCAUCCCGCCCCUUCUCCACCCCUUUCAGAGACAGCGCGAUUGCAAUUUAGGUUUCCGCGCAUUUAAUUGGCGAAGCUGGAGCGCUAGUCUUCGCUGAUUGGUGCCGGGGAAUCUGCCCCAUAGACACUCGCGGGGCGCGCAGUUUCAGUAGUCCGUGGGUUUCCCGCCAGCUGCAGUCUUGGACCAUAAUCAUGGUGGACAUGAUGGAGUUACCGAGGUCGCGCAUCAACGCCGGCAUGCUAGCUCAGUUCAUCGACAAGCCUGUCUGCUUCGUAGGGAGGCUGGAAAAGAUUCAUCCCACUGGAAAAAUGUUUAUUCUUUCAGAUGGAGAAGGAAAAAAUGGAACCAUCGAGUUGAUGGAACCCCUUGAUGAAGAAAUCUCUGGAAUUAUGGAAGUGGUUGGAAAAGUAACCGCCAAGGCCACCAUCUUGUGUACAUCUUAUGUCCAGUUUAAAGAAGAUAACCAUCCUUUUGAUCUUGGACUUUACAAUGAAGCUGUGAAAAUUAUCCAUGAGUUCCCUCAGUUUUAUCCUUUAGGGAUUGUGCAGCAUGAUUGAUCGUGAUGGAUUUUCAUACAAUUGCAAAUGAGCUAUAUUAAAGACUAUUAAAGGAAGCCCCUCUUGUUUGAGGGAGAGAUUUCUGUGCUUUCUCAUAUUUAAUUUACUCUUCUUAAGAUAUUCCAACCUAGAGUUUUUGAUGGAACUGAUAUAUUGACAGUUCUCACCUAAGUCCUUUUAUAAAGAAUUGCUACUCCAAUAUAUGGUCAGAUUAGAUGCAAGAAUAAAGCAGUUGUCUGAGUUUAGGUUUCUAUUUUAUUAAUAAAAACUAAAAUGGUACAUAC